CCUCCGCGCGCGCGUGCGCCGCGGCCCCGCGUCUCCCUCAGCGGCAGCGAAGGAGUUUGGAAGUUCAAAAUGGCCGCCGCGGCGGAACCCGAGCUGCGAGCGCCCGAGGUUGAAGAUGCUGAUGCAUCUGAGAGAAGUGUAAAUGAAGAAAAUGGCGAAGUAUCAGAGGCAGACCAACCUCAGAACAAACACAGCCGACACAAAAAAAAGAAACACAAACACCGAAGUAAACAUAAGAAACAUAAACAUUCUUCAGAAGAAGAUAAGGACAAAAAACAUAAACACAGACACAAACAUAAGAAACAUAAACGGAAAGAGGUAGCUGAUACCUCUGACAAAGAAGAUGGACCAGCUAAAAGAACUAAAAUUGAUUUUUUAGCUCCUCUGGAAGACUUGGAGAAACAAAGAGCAUUAUUGAAAGCUGAACUUGAAAAUGAAUUAAUGGAAGGAAAAGUGCAGUCUGGGAUGGGUUUAAUAUUACAAGGUUAUGAGUCAGGAUCUGAAGAAGAGGGGGAGAUCAAUGAAAAAGUGCGAAAUGGAACGAGACCUACAGCUAAGUCAAACACUAAGGGGAAAUUAGAACCUGUGGACAAUAAAACUAGUUCCAAGAAAGGAAGUAAGAGUGAAUCAAAAGAAAGGACUAGGCACAGAUCUGACAAAAAGAAAGGCAAGCUAGGAGUUGAUGGAAUCAAAGAGAAGACAACUAGAAGCAAGUCAAAAGAGAGGAGGAAAUCCAAAAGCCCUUAUAAGAGAAGUAAGUCUCAAGAUCAGACAAGGAAAUCUAGGUCUCCAAUGCUUAAAAGGCGAUCUCAGGAGAAAAACAGAAAGUCUAAGUCUCCCCCAGAGGACAGAAAUAAGGCUGAUGAUAAAAGUAAAUCAAGAGAUCGCAGGAAGUCUCCGGUUGUAAAUGAAAACAAAAGCAGAGAUCGUGGCAGAAAAUCUAAAUCUCCAACAGAACUACGAAGCAAAUCCAAAGAUAGAAGAUCACGGUCCAAAGAUAGAAAACCUAGGAGAUCAGAGACUGACAAAGAAAAAAAGCCAAUUAAAUCUCCUUCAAAAGAUGCUUCUUCAGGGAAAGAAAACAGGUCCCCUAGACGACCUGGCCGUAGCCCAAAAGGAAGAAGCUUAUCUCCCAAACAACGUGAAAAGUCAAGAAGAAGCAGAUCCCCUCUCUUUAAUGAUCGUAGAUCUAAACAGAGUAAAUCCCCCUCUCGAACCCGGUCUCCGGUUAGAAGAGUGAGGAGUAGGUCUGCAGAAAGGAAAAGAAGAGAAUCAGAAAGGAGGCGUCUUUCCUCUCCCAGAACGCGGACCAGAGAUGAUAUUUUGUCUAGACGUGAAAGAUCAAAAGAUGUUAGCCCACCCAGUAGAUGGUCCCCGUCCAGAAGGAGGUCUCGGUCCCCCAUCAGAAGGAGGUCUCGUUCACCCCUUCGACGCAGCCGAUCUCCAAGAAGGCGGAGUAGGUCUCCUCGGAGGAGGGAUAGAGGUCGAAGAAGUAGAUCUCGCCUUCGGAGGAGGUCCAGGUCACGUGGUGGCCAUAGACGUAGGAGCAGAAGCAAAGUUAAAGAAGACAAAUUUAAAGGUAGUCUGUCUGAGGGUAUGAAAGCUGAACAGGAGUCUUCGUCAGAUGAAAAUCUUGAAGACUUUGACUUGGAAGAAGAGGAUGAAGAAGCAGAGAUAAGACAAAGAAGAUUACAGAGGCAAGCAAUUGUUCAGAAAUACAAAGGCCAGACAGAAGACAGUAAUAUAUCUGUACCAUCUGAACCAAGCAGUCCUCAAAGUAGCACGCGUAGUCGCUCAAAUUCACCAGACGACAUCCUAGAAAGAGUAGCUGCUGAUGUUAAGGAGUACGAACGGGAAAAUGUGGACACGUUUGAGGCGUCAGUGAAAGCCAAGCACAACCUCAUGACAGUUGAACAGAACAAUGGUUCAGCUCAGAAGAAACUGCUAGCUCCUGAUAUGUUCACAGAAUCAGAUGAUAUGUUCGCUGCUUACUUUGAUAGUGCUCGUCUAAGGGCUGCUGGGUUUGGAAAAGACUUCAAAGAAAACCCCAAUCUCAGGGAUAACUGGACUGAUGCAGAAGGCUAUUACCGUGUUAAUAUAGGUGAAGUUCUAGAUAAACGUUACAAUGUCUAUGGUUACACUGGUCAGGGAGUCUUCAGUAACGUAGUGCGAGCCAGGGACAUGGCAAGAGCAAACCAAGAAGUAGCGGUUAAAAUCAUCAGGAACAAUGAACUUAUGCAAAAAACUGGCUUAAAAGAACUGGAAUUUUUGAAGAAGCUCAAUGAUGCAGAUCCUGAUGACAAGUUUCAUUGUCUACGGUUGUUCAGGCAUUUCUACCAUAAACAACAUCUCUGUCUGGUAUUUGAGCCACUCAGUAUGAAUUUACGAGAGGUGUUGAAGAAGUAUGGGAAAGAUGUUGGACUCCAUAUUAAAGCUGUGCGUUCCUACAGCCAGCAGUUGUUCCUGGCUUUAAAACUUCUUAAAAGAUGCAAUAUCUUACAUGCAGAUAUUAAACCAGAUAAUAUUUUGGUGAAUGAGUCUAAAACGAUAUUAAAGCUUUGCGAUUUCGGAUCAGCUUCGCAUGUUGCAGAUAAUGACAUCACACCAUAUCUAGUUAGUAGAUUUUAUCGAGCUCCAGAAAUCAUUAUAGGAAAAAUCUAUGACUAUGGUAUAGAUAUGUGGUCUGUAGGCUGCACAUUAUAUGAACUUUAUACAGGAAAAAUACUCUUUCCUGGCAAAACCAAUAACCAUAUGUUGAAACUAGCCAUGGAUCUCAAAGGAAAGAUGCCAAACAAGAUGAUUCGAAAAGGUGUGUUCAAAGAUCAGCACUUUGAUCAAAAUCUCAACUUUAUGUAUAUAGAAGUAGAUAAAGUGACAGAAAGGGAGAAAGUUACUGUUAUGAGCACCAUUAAUCCAACCAAGGACCUGUUAGCAGACUUGAUUGGGUGCCAACGACUCCCGGAAGACCAGCGUAAAAAAGUACACCAGCUAAAGGACUUGUUGGACCAGAUUCUAAUGUUAGACCCAGCUAAACGGAUUAGCAUCAACCAGGCUCUGCAGCACGCCUUCAUCCAGGAAAAAAUUUAAACCAGAUGAAGAAGUUCAAAGGGUUUGAGUAAUUAAGAUACAAAGACUGAAGAAAUUUCACAGCAGUUAUUAAUGUAUAUAAACAUAAAUAUUUCCCCUGCAAAGUUGAGGAAGAAAUGAUACAUUUGAAUUAACAUCAAGGCUGAUAUUUCUUUUAGAAAUGUUAGAGUAAUUCUGUUUUGUGUCUUAUGUGAAAAUUUUCACUGUAGAACUGUUUUAAUUGCCAAGACUGCACAGAAGUACAAUGCUAAUGUAUAUGGUUGCAGUUCGUAUAUAUUAUAAAAAGAAAAAAAGCAUCUGUUAUAAAAAAGAAAAAAAAAAAAAGAAAAAAAAAAAAAAGAGCAGUAAUACUGGGUGGUUGAUUUGUUUUUAGCAGACUUGGCUUCAUUUUUGUCUUUAAAAAAUGGCCAGCAUAAAUGCUGUUUAUAUUCACAUUUUCCUAGGUGUGUGUGUGCAGGCCACAGCAGCAUGCCCUUGGUGUAGUCAGUGCCGAAGGGGGUCUGUUCCUUCUUGAGCCUGCCCGCAGGGAUGGUCUCCUCUUUUAAAGCAGGUUGUGUACAACUUUCAGUACACUGAAGGCAUAAACCUUCCACUCUUGAACAAAGCAGCUGCUUUUUAAAAGCGAGAAAAAGGAAAGCGAGUCACAGGCCACUCAACGCCUACUCCAUGGGUCUGAUUUGCUGAGACACCAACUUCACCUUCCUAACAAGGUGCAGCUCAAAAGAAGAUGAUGGCUACCAGAAGACAUGAACAAAGGUUUCUGUCCUAUAAAAGAUAUGAAAAAUACUCUUCGUGUAGUUCUGUCUUAAUCUUUUGGUUUCCAGCAUUCCAAUUUAGAAUUGAUUAUCACUGCUGCAGUACUGAUUAAUUCCUGAAACAUACUUACUGUAUUAGAAUUUGUUACAUAGACGUGUCUCUUUCAUUUCUGGUUGAAGAGAUAUUUUUUUUUUUUUUUUUACUGUGAUUAAAUGUAGGUAAAUAAGCAUUACUGUUCAGAUGCAGUUUUCUUAAAAUGAUAGAAAGAUCAGUACAAAACCUAUGAAAUUUAGGAAAAAAUCUGCCGUUGUAUUUGGUUAAAAUACGUGUGUGUUAACCAGUAAAUACUUAAGCAGAUGUAACUUCAGCAGGUUCGUUGUUUAUUUUGAUUCUGUCAGAUCUGAUUGUUGAUGCAGAGACCAGCUGACAGGGGCCCCUCGGGACAGGUGGAUUUCAGUCCGCCGUCCAGUGCUUCUUGUUGGCAACAACAGGACACCUCUAGCUCUGGCUUCAGCAGCCUCUGGAGUUGAGGACUUUUUGACAGGGUUACGGAACCUCUCCAGUGGGAGGCAGUACCUGUCCCAGUAGCUCUGAGGAGAGGUAGCACCCCUGCAGUGAGCUGCAUUCCAGCAGCCGCAGCUCAGUGCAAACGGAGCAGCUGUGCGAGGGAGUGUUGGUGUAGAACCGUUUCUGAGCUGAUCUAAGAGGGAGGAUAAUUUAUCUUGUCCUCCUCUUUGCGAAGGUGUAAUUUGUAUCUUCACCUGAGGGGCUACACGCAGAAAGUUUGGCUCAAUCUGCUGUGCUAAUUUCUGUUUCCUCCUCCUUCAUGGUGACAAGGAGCUUCACAUUUAACGUGCUUAGAUUGCCAAGCGUUCAGAAAAAAUCAAGAUGCCAGCCCUAUGCAGUUAGAAUGUGUUUUUAUUACCUUGGUGCAUACUACUAUAAUUUAAAAAUUAAAAACUGCUUAAGACCUUUUGAUAGAAUAUAAUGAUUCCUUUAAAAAACCUUUUUAAUAAUACUUUAUCUCCAUACAUAGGGUAAGUGGCAUUAAACCUCUGAAGAAGCUUUAUGUGUAUAUUGACCCGUAAACAGAAGGCAGACCAGUCUGUGAUACUGCUGGAGAUAGAACCAUCUGCUACAGUGUGUGUAAAAUUGUAACUCGGGUGGAAGAUGUUGGGAAGUGGCAGUUGCUUGAAAUUAAUAAAGUACGCUUAAAACUUA